AUGGCAGUCCAACCUCUGCAAUGUUUCUCAUGCCAGGAGCCCACAACACCUGAGAAAUGCAUGAGAGUGACCAACUGCACACAAAAUCACACCAUGUGUAAGACGACAAUGCAUUCCCGAGAAGAAGUCUACCCUUUUGUGGGCGAAGCAACCGUCACACGGUCUUGUUCUGUGAAUUGCAACCUCUUGGAGGUUGACGAAAUCGGCUCCGUGCGUCCAGUGACCUGUUGCAACACCAACCUCUGUAACCAUGAUGGGGCCUCCUGGCUAGACAUCAGCUGCACCAUGCUGGGGGGAAUAGUGGCUUCUGUCUUCGUCUUCCUCCGUUGAUUCUGAAUUUCUCCAUGAUUUGGCAGAGAGCCUAGUCCACUUUCCUAGAAAGA